AUGGAGAUGGACAUUAACACACAGCUAAGGGAGGAAGUCAUUAACAAACUAUCAGAGGAAGAUAAAAGCAUGUGGGGGUUCCACAUCCUUCACCGCUCCCAGAUCGUGGAUGAGUAUAAGAAGCUGUACACCGACUUGUGGGUCGCAUCGCGCCUUAGAUCUCAAGGCUCUCAGUCGUCUACCAGCAGAUUCAAUCUUCGCAGGAUACUUGACGAACUCAUGUCUUACGAAGAUGCGUUAAGCGAGGUUUCAUCUGACCAUAUAGAAUCCAAUGUGGAUUGCUCUUCCCGGAAAAUCUUCGAGCGGAUGGAACUACCGCCGGACGUGCGUAGAUUGAUUACUGAAAAGAAUCGCGCCACUCGCGCCUUCAUUCGGUAUCCGACUCCAGAGAACCGACGCACCCUCCGCGCUUGGCAAAGAGCAGUGAAACAGAACAUUACACUAAUGAGAAUUGAGCGUCACAUUCUUGGCAUACUCUAUCCCUCCAGUGAGAGCCCUUAA